GGCUCAUUAGUUUAUUUGUGCAGUUUAGUUGCGUGUUAUUUACCAAGAGCAGGAUGAAUUCUUCUUGGAGGGUAGUCGUGUUCCUGGGGCUCGUUAUCUUGUGCCACUCCAGAAGAGCAAGGGCUUGUAACGGUGGCUAUGAGAUGAUCAUUCACAGUAUUGAAAACUGUGCCGGAGAAGGACAGAUCGUUACCAUCGAUCCCAAGUCUACUGUCACGCUGAUGGAGGACUGUAAAGUAAAGUCCAAAGCUACGGCACGCACCGUGGGAUUCAAGACGGCUAUGAUGGACGUAACGAUCACCAAGAAUGGCCUACCGGUGCUGAAGGAAACGGUCGACAUCUGUGCGAACCUGGAGGAGGCGUCCGGCAACAAAGAAGCGGCCGAAAUCAUCACCAUGUUCGGUGUGCCGGACCAUUGCCCGGUGGCCGCUAGUGAAAUACGUACCGACGAAAGCCAAACAUACAGCUUGGAGAAGUAUAAGCAACAUCUGCUGGUAGCACAGGGUCGUUCGAUCAUCGAUGUGCUUGUGAAACAUGAAAAGGGUGAAAGCUGCUUCAAGAUUGACAUGGAAGUUACUUCACCAAAUCUGAUCGGUUGAUGAGCGAACUAUUCGAAGGUCAAUUUGAUGUGGUAGUGUUUCGUCGUGUCUGCCUAUGAAUCCUAAACCUAUGUCACCAAUUCACGAAGGUCAAUAAACAUGUUUGAACAAAUCCAAAAACUGA